AUGGAUAAACAUGGCGAUGAUCUACAGAGUGAUUCUUUCGACGAUCACCGUUACGUCUCCGGUACGAUUAAUAGAAUACGCCUUGAGAAUUUUAUGUGCCACAGUAAUCUCGAGAUUGAGUUUGGCGACUGUGUCAAUUUCAUCACCGGCCAAAACGGAAGUGGUAAGAGUGCAAUAUUGACUGCUCUAUGUGUUGCGUUUGGAUGUCGAGCCAAGGGGACUCAACGCGCUUCGACGCUGAAAGAUUUCAUAAAAACGGGAUGCAGCAAUGCCCUUGUUCGUGUCGAAAUGAAAAACGAAGGAGAGGAUGCUUUUAAGCCUGAGAUAUAUGGUGAUGUUCUUAUUAUUGAACGCAGGAUAUCUGAAUCUACUAGUUCUACGGUUCUCAAGGAUCAUCAAGGAAGAAAAAUAUCAAAUCGAAGGGAGGAGCUACGGGAACUAGUUGACCAUCAUAACAUUGAUGUUGAGAAUCCAUGUGUGAUAAUGAGUCAAGACAAGAGCAGGGAGUUUUUACAUUCUGGAGAUGACAAAGAUAAAUUUAAGUUUUUUUAUAAGGCAACUCUUCUUCAUCAAGUCGAUGAUCUUCUUCAAAGUGUAGACACAACCUUGAAAGCUGCUAAUGCUCUUUUGGAUGAGUUGGAGGAGACUAUAAAACCAAUAGAAAAAGAGAUUAGUGAGUUGGUUGGAAAGAUUAAGAAUAUGGAGCAAGUUGAAGAAAUAAACCAACAGUUGGUGCAUUUGAAAAAGAAACUAGCUUGGUCAUGGGUAUAUGAUGUGGAUAGGAAUCUCAAGGAACAGAACGAGAAGAUUCUGAAACUCAGACAACGAGUGCCCACUUGUCAAGAUAAAAUUGAUCGGAAACUGGGUGAGGUGGAAUCUUUACGGGAAAACUUGACCAAGAAGAAAGCUCAAGUUGCAUGCCUGAUGGAUGAAUCAACUGCAAUGAAAAGAGAGAUAGAGAUUUUGCGGGAAUCAACCAAGAAGGCUACAAGAGAGAAGAUUGCUCUAGAAGAAGAAUACCGUCAUAAGUGCAAUAACAUUCAGAAGAUUAAGGAUCGUGUUAGGAGGCUUGAAUGGCAGAUUAAAGAGAUUGAUGAAAUGACUAUAAGAAGCACACAGGCUGAUAGUGAUGCAGGCGGAACAAUCUGA